AUGUCUACAGCUACUCAAGUCCAGCCUCAGGAGACCGCCGGCUCAAAGGGGGUCAGCGACUCGACUCCUCAUGAAGCUCAGCCGGGCAUGCCCACAAACAAAAUGGCAGCGGGCGACAAGAUGAAGAAGAAGUUGGUGAGAGCGCCUCCCAACACCAACCAAAUGAAGUACAAAGUCUGGCUCGCAGGCCACACCACGUCCUUGGUCUUUGGUACAAUAUCGUUGAUAUUCCAGGUCUUUUGGUUGCCCAAUAAAUUCUACAUCAACUCCAUCUCCUACAGGUUAGCGUUGCUCGGUGGGUUCAUUGCAUUGACGGCGACGUUCAGUCACAAGUUUGGCUUACAUUUCUUGCCCCCGAUAGCUACCUUACUCAGCCACCAAAACUUCCAGUACAUGAUCUUGGCCAUCGUCUGGUGCUUCACAUUCAAGUCGGUGUUCAAGAUCGUGCCUUUUUUUCUCAUUAGUCUCUUGCACUUGGGCUCGAUGAAGAAAGUGCACGCUGUGGAAAAGAGACAGGAUUUUUUGGCGUCGCUUAUCGCGUAUGAUGAGUUAGCGUUGAUUUUGAUUUUGGUCUUGAGAACUUUGUUCUUUAGGAAUAGUUCCGGGUUCCAAUUGGUCUUGUUUUUGAUUUUCUACUGGUUGAGGAUCUUGUACAACACCGAGACUGGCAAUUUGUUUGGUGCUAUUGUUGACAGACUCGAUGGGGAAGUUAUGAAGAUCAAAAACCCCAAGGUUCAGCAUUAUUGGUCAAAAACGAGACAGUUUGUUCGGGAAAAACAAUGGAGUGAACGUCAUGAAUAA